AUGGGCAAAGAUCUCGAUCGGUUGAGCUCGCAUUCCUUCCGCACCGCGGGAGCUACAUACAUGUACCACUCCGGCGCGGAUGCACUUACGAUCCAUCUUCACACCCACUGA